AUGAGCGCCCGAAAUAUUAUAAAAUCGUCAGCGGAAAGGGCAAAGACUGCCAUAGGGCUGAAGUCUUCCCAUAAAGAAUGUAUGGAAAGCGUCUCCGAAUUGUUGGAGGCCUUGGAAAAGGAGCGACAGAUGGAACAGGUUAUGCUGAAGUCCGUCGAACAGUGGACAGAGAUUAUUGAAGAAAUCACCUCCAGUAUGGACUCGGCCACACCCAGUGAGUCCGAAUGGAAAAACAGGUUUCAUAGUCAACGAUUAUUCAAUCAGAUGCUUAAUCAAGAAAUCGGACGCAUAAAAACAGAGUUAUACAUGCUUAAGCAAAGUCGCAUGGGCGUGGUACUUCCGGUGACGGGACAUGCGCAGUCAAAAUCACCCCGUUCAAGUCAUUGUCGAGAAAGUCAAGCCUACAUCAACUGCCUACAGGAAAAGUUAAAGUCACUUGAGAGUCUAUACAAUAUGUAUGAGCACCAGCGUGACGACGCAUCACGUGACUACCACCGUCUGAAAGAGGAAAUAAACAAGAUCGUUAAAGACGUCUGGUUCAAGCAGAAGAGCAGAAUCAAGAAUCAAGAAGAAUCGGAUCAAAAGGAAAUAGCCAAAUCAAACAAACAUUCAGAAAAAAUAACAUUACCGCCAAUUCGUGAAAAAACGUCCUACUUACAGCUUCAUGGUGGUAAAUCAGUAACAAGCAAGGUUAAUGACAGAAGCAAAAAACCACAAGCCUGGAGAGGAGUUGGCAAGCUGCCUCCGAUCAGUAACACCGAAUACAGUGGAAAGGGUAAGGAUUUAUCAUCUAGGAAAACAACGAGACCACAUGCUGUUCAGAAAAAGGCAAAAACGGUUACAAACACUUGUGUUCUUCCUCCAAUAGAAGGGGCCAACCGUAAUGAAGUUGUUAAUCAGCCUAUAUCAUCCGGCAGGAUACAAACUAACACAAAUAACAAACUGGUCUCGGAUCCCAAACUGUCGUCCAUGAGACUGAGGAGAAUUGCCAAUAUGAAAACAGAGACUAACAAGGGAAGAGUUUCUGAUGGCUUCCAGGAUACAGAUAGAGACGUUGGUAACCUUAAACAAAGGCCGGAAAUUCAAAACGCACAUGUCAAUCACGUAGACGACCAGAGGGCUGGAUCUAUAUGUAGCGACGAUGACCUAGGUCAGAGGGAUAUUAGUGCUGGACCUUACACAGAAAUACCGAUAGUUGGAGAAAGCUCAGAAAAACAAAAAGGGAGAUAUGUACCGGGUAUUGUCCAUACACAAAUGCCAGACAGUGACAACUUGCAUGGGUUAAGUCCAAAAUCUUUAACACAGACGACUCUCAAAUCAGCUUUGAAAAAGUCGGAUAAAGAGGUAGCCAAUGGAGAGAACGAAUCAGCUUGUGAUAACUAUCGGCAUGAAAAUAAAACAAGAUCCGUAUCAAAACGCACCAAGAAAUGCCGUCCAGAAGCUCUCGUCACCACAAAGGAGUAUGAUGAUAGCAAGGAUCAUAAACAUCAGCUUCCAGCAAUUAUUAGUCCUACUUCAAAACAACCCACAAAGAGACUCAAGUCUGCCUUUGUGAGGUCCGGCAGUAAAUGUCCCAAUGAUGAUGGCAAAAAAGCGGUGUCACCAAGUCAGGCUGGAAUAUCUCCAACAGGCCAAGAGGAUAUUACAGAUGUAGUUGACCAGGAUUUCGUGUUACAUCCAGCUGUUACUACCAGCGAGAAAGUGUAUAAAGCUGAGGACACUUCAAACACUGGGGCAAGGAGACACAUGGGCAAUGAGAACACAGAAAACGUUCCAAAGAGGAAAAAAUCGGUCACCAUCAACGACAAAACCACUGUUCACUAUCCUUGA